UGUUUGGGCGCAACAUGUUCCUCUCCAACUCCAUCAACCAUGUUACCUUUCUUCUGUUCCUGUCUCUCUUCGUAAUCGAACCGUUUUGUUCCUCUGCAGCUCCGGUUUACAAUUACUGCCCAACCAACGCAUCCUACAAUUCCACCGCAACAUUUGAAACCAAUCUCAAAUUCCUCCUCGAAUCUCUCGUCUCCAACAUUUCCCAAUCCGACGGCUCCUAUUUCACCGCCAUGGGCUUGGGGACCACAAGUGCCGCCAGCGGCUAUUUCCUCUGCCGCGGCGAUGUCUCCCUCGCCACGUGUAACGACUGCAUAACCACCGCCGCCACCGAAAUAACACAACUCUGCCCCAACAAAACAGAGUCCAUAAUAUGGUACGACGAGUGCACGCUCCGUUUCACCAACACCUACUUCGACCCCGCCAGCAUCGAACCGGGAGCUAGCUUAUGGAACGGUGAAAACAUCUCCACCUCCGACCUGGGCAGCUUUAACGGAACGUUGUUCGGCUUGUUGGACGAUUUGGUGGAAGAAACAGCGAAUUCUAACUCGGCGAGGAAAUUCGCCACCGGCGAUAGAGAAUUCGCCGAAUCCUCGGCUCAGAGAAGGGUGUACGCCCUGACGGAGUGCGAGCCGAGCUUAACGAGUAGUAGUUGUGAAGAGUGUUUGCAAAACGCCAUUUCUACUGUACCCUCAUGCUGCGAAGGAAAAGAGGGCGCGAGGGCUCUGCUUGCGUGGUGCAAUGUUAGAUACGAAUUGUUUCAGUUUUACAAUACGAACGCCACGUCACCACCCUCAUCAGGAAAUAACCAUUAUGCAUUACGAGUAAUCCUCAUUGUUUCCCUUGUUAUUGUGUCGAUAAUUCUCCUAUGUGGUGUCUGCUAUUUCAUAUUCAAAAGAUCAAGGAAGAAAUACAACACUCUUCUAAGGGAAAAUUUUGGAGAAGAAAGUUCCACUUUGGAAUCGUUACAUUUUGAUUUGGCCACAAUAGAAGUUGCCACAAAGAAGUUUUCACAUGAAAACAGGAUAGGUGAAGGUGGAUUUGGAGAUGUUUAUAAGGGUAUCCUUCAAGAUGGACGAGAAAUAGCAGUUAAAAAACUUUCACAUAGUUCAGGCCAAGGUGCAGCUGAAUUUAAGAAUGAGAUUUUGUUAAUAGCAAAACUUCAACACAAAAAUUUAGUGACGUUGUUAGGAUUUUGUUUGGAAGCUGAAGAAAAGAUGCUUAUUUAUGAAUUUGUGCCUAAUAAAAGCCUAGACUACUUUCUAUUUGAUCCAUACAAAAGUAGUCAAAUGAAUUGGUCGGAACGAUACAAAAUUAUUCAAGGAAUUACACAAGGAAUUUUAUAUUUACAUGAACAUUCCCGAUUGAAAGUAAUACAUCGUGAUCUCAAACCUAGCAAUAUAUUAUUUGAUGUGAACAUGAAUGUAAAGAUAUCAGAUUUUGGAAUGGCAAGAAUUGUUGGUGUAGAUCAAUAUCAAAGAAACACAAAUAGAAUAGUGGGAACAUAUGGAUAUAUGUCACCUGAAUAUGCAAUGUAUGGACAAUUUUCAGAAAAAUCAGAUGUUUUCAGUUUUGGAGUUAUAAUAAUAGAAAUAGUUAGUGCAAAAAAGAAUGCGAGACAUGUUUUUUCAGAUGAUGAUGACCUUUUGAGCUAUGCUUGGGAUCAAUGGAGGGAUCGGACACCAUUAAACAUAUUAGACAAAAAUAUUAAGGAAUCUUGCAAUCAGAGUGAAGUCAUAAAAUGCAUCCAAAUAGGUUUAUUAUGCGUGCAAGAGAAGCCACAGGACAGACCUACAAUGACACAAGUUGUUUCAUAUCUCGGUAGCUCUUUAUCUGAGUUGCCAUUUCCUGAAAAACCCAUAAAUUCUAAUCAAAGUGGACUAGUUCAAAGGAUGGUAGUAGGAGGAUCCAGUUCAGGUUCUACAAAAUCGAUAAAUGAAAUGUCUGUGAGCAUAUUUAUUCCUCGGUAGUAUAUAUGUAUAUUCUUGUGUAUAAAUAAAUUAUAUAUCCUAGCUAGUUAAAAUCUCCAUUAAUUUGAUAUUCUGUUUAUCUUGAACUUAAGAUUUCACACUAUAUGGUAGAUAACUUGCCAUCAUUUAAAUUAAAUAGCCGUUUCAUUUGAUAGAAAAAUAUAAUCACUCAUGAGAACUAUUGAUGGUUGCUAUAGAAGAUGCGCGUUUAUAAAAAUGUCGAUCUCCUUAAGAAUGAUAUUGCUUUGAAAAUAUGUUACGUCAUUAUAUUUUUAUCAUAAAUAUGUAUCAGGAAAUGGUUGAAAGUGAAAUAUUUGCUAUACAUUUUGUACAAAAUAGCAAGGGGGUCUAAAACAUAGAGG